ACAGCAUAUUCUAAAUAGUGUCACAUGUAUAAAGCCACCAUAGACCGGACAGUAUUAUACACUCCGUUAGAGGUAGCCUUAGCCUACGUAAUUGAUGAAGAAUAGGAGAUGAUAAGGCCGCCACCUUCACGCGGUGUAACACUACCUACCUAGAGCCUACCGCUCUAGACAGAUGAGCCUGAAGCCUUGAACUUUUAUAGCCCCUUACCCCUCUUCAUUGAUUUUUUCAACUCUACUAAACGUCAAUUCUACACCUCCGUGGUUAUGGCUUCUACACACCCGCCCUUCACAGAUUCCUCAGGAGAAAUAUGGGAGCAAAAUGAAUCCAUCAUCCGGCAACUCUACGAGACUGAGAGGAAAACACUCAAGGAAGUGAAACAGGUCAUGGAGAGUGAACACGGAUUCCCUAUCACCCCUCUAUCGACUUACGAAACAAAGCUGCGGGAUAGGUUAGGUCUACGUAAAAAACUCAAGAAAGCAGACUGGGUCGCAGUGCAUCAUCAUUAUUUAUCCAGAGAUGGCAAAGACACCGGAAUCUAUCUUAACGGAACACGCAUUCCCUGGAAAAAGGCGUGGAAGGAGAUAAGAAGAUCGGGGGCCCGAUCAGCAAACAAAUGCCAACAUGCUAGACUCCCGACCGGCAUCGUGGUGAGGACACCAUCUCCUGUUACGGAACCCCUCGUGCUUCGACCUUCACCGGAAUAUCGAGAGGAAUCUCCAGCGCAAUCUCCGAUAGUUUUGGUCUCUCUAUCUACGGAUCCAUUUACUCCUCAAUCCUCUAGGACUCAUGUUUCCGAGCCACAAGAUAUAAUACGAUUACUCCAGGGUCAUCAGAAUCUAUGCGUCUCGAUACAUGACUCGAACUGGGAAUCUAGGACGUCCAGCUCUUUUCAGCUUGCCUUAGAAGAAAAUGUUGUUGCUCUCCAAAAUAUUCCAUGGGUCUUGUUCAAGAAUGAGCUACUUUCGAUUACCCAUGGGCUUGAAUUUGACCCUACAAGCGACUUCGUAGGCGGCCUACUCAGUAACAUUGAUUCAUCUGGGCUUUUAGGAUUUACGCCAACAUCGCCUAUGUUCUGCUUUUUGAAAGCACUGGACCCAGCACCUACAACUUCGGUAUCCACGUGGAAUACGAAUGCCCAUUACCUUCUAGCAGAAGCAAUCUAUCUGAUAUCUAACAAUCUACUAGAUACUCGCUGCGAAAGCUUCCAUAGAGGCCCCCCAAUUUGCCCUGACAUUAUCCAACUUCUACUUCUGCGAACACCCAAAAUAGUCCUACUUGGUUUGUUCCAGUGCAACCUUCCUACUAUAAGGGCUGUUUGGGAAGUAUUGGUAUACCAUGCUGGAUUACAUGGUUAUAAGGAUGUUUUCAUUCUUUUGAUAGAAAUUGGACUUCGGCAUUCUGGAUGGGUCCUUUCCAAUGGCUAUUACCAUCUUGCCGCUGCUGCUUCAAUGGAUGCACUCAACGUUAUUCAGGAUCUACUUAAAACUGGAGUUAGUCUUGAUUUCUACUUUAAGACACCUUAUUCAAUAAGGGUAAUGCCAAUCAUCGAGGCAGCUGCUACUGGGAAUAUGGAGUGUGUAAAGUUAUUGCUAGGGGUGUGCGAUGUUAACCACUGCAUAUACACCAACAUACACCAAACAACAGGACCUCCUAGAAUGAAUCGCGAUUGCAUCGUUAAACCGUCUAUCUUUCAAUCAUUCCUAGGCGCUUUAUUCAGCAGGCGAAUUGUUGCAGAGCUAAGACGAGACCACGCAUAUCUACAUAAUUCUUUUUCUCAAACGAAAUCGGGGUUACUUUUGAUCGAUCUUGACUUGGAUAACGAGCAAUGGAGCCAAACCCUGGACAUAUUUCUGAACAGUGGAGCUAACGUCGACUUGACUUGGGGCGUUGUGGAGGAUGUAGUGAAUGGCAUUUACGAAGAUUAUCCAAUUCCGGUUGAAUGGCGCCCGACAAUCUUGGAAGGAACUUAUUAUCUCGAUUUGAAUAUUUUCAAAAGAUUACUCCCGUACAGCUCCCAAGCAACCAACCAUAUUACUCGACCAGGUGUCUGCCUUUCGGCGAAACGAGGCACGGAUGCAUUACUCGAAUACUUGACAUCAAAACCAACGGAUGCCCAAUUCGACCGCAUCAAAUUUCUAGAAUUGGCCCUUGUUGAACAAUUCACGAUGCAAAAUUCAGGUGCUGAUAUCGAUGUCGUUCGAGCACUUAUUAAAUUCGGAGUCGAUCUAAAACUUCCCUCACUGUCGUUGCCUGCCAGCCAUCUUUUCUACCUCUUAAUGGAGAAGGCUCGAAGAUCUGGCUUCUAUGAGGGGCUUCACGAUAUUUUAAACCUCCUUCUGCAGUCAGGGAUAGGCAUAGAUCCGGAAGUCUUAGAAGCCGGAGUCGAGGAAAACGGAAUUGACAUUUUACUAAUUCUUUCCCGUCAUACAGAUAUCAGCAAGAGUGGUGCAAAAGCAUUAUUGAAAGCAGCUCGUUUCGACAAUUAUGAAGCUGUUUCGUGGUUGCUUGAGGCUGGCGUGGACAUCAAUGCAGUGGUCGAAAUCAACUCUGAACCCUGGAGUAUCAUUGCUUUGGCGACUAUAGCUACUUGCGAACUAUUCCCUGAUACUAAACGUGCGCGCGACACCGCAAGCUACGAAAUGCUUAAAUACUUGAUUGAUCAUGGUGCAAUGUUGAAAAUCCAUCCAGAUGAUCUGAACGCGUUCGACUUUCUACACCGCAUCCUCUCUCACUCUUCAAUUAAUCUAUUCCCUGACACACUAAGGCUCCUGUUAAACACGAUUGUGAACCAGCAUGACCUAUCGAAACCUGGUGUAUGCCUAUUGGAACCAUGUCUUCGUCAAGACCCCGACCUUGCGGAUCAAGAACAACGUGGCUUGUACGAUGUUCCGGUGGAGAAUAAAUUAGCAAGUUAUGAACUACUUCUUAGGCACGGUGUCCCAGUCAGAGAUAGCCAUGUAUUAGCAGCUCUAAUAUUGUAUGAAGCCCGGCAUGAGUUAAUCCAGGAGACCCUGAAUGCGGGCGUAGAUAUCAACGCAUAUUUUCAUUUCUACAUAUGCGCUUGGAAAAGCCAUACACGCUCAUUUUCUCCGAUUCAAGCGGCUGCCUCUAUAGGCAAUCGAUUGUUGGUUGAUCAACUGAUACGCAAGGGAUCCGAUAUCAAUCAGCCUGCACUAGGAAUUCGAGGAUUAACGGCUUUACAGGCUGCGUGUGCAUGGCAUCCAACAUUGCCACAACGAAAAAAGGACAAAUUAAGCUUAAUUCAACUCUUGAUCGAGAAUGGGGCUGAUGUUAACGCACCUGGGGAACCUGGCUAUCCAGGAAGAACGGCUUUGUACAUGGCUGCUGAAAGCGGUGAUUUGGAGACUGCACUUUUAUUAAUUCAUUACAAAGCCGACUUGAACCCAUUUUCUGGCAUAGGAAACGAAAGUAUAUUAGAUCAUGCGGCACGCAGAGGCGGGAUUGAUAUGGUCCAGUUGCUGUUGAUUGUCGGGGCCAUGAGUUCUGACCCGGGGAGAACUGGAUACGACGGAGCAAUUAAAAUUGCGGAAAAGGAUAAUCACUUUGCUGUUGCUGAUCUGAUAAGACGACAUGCUGAAAAUGAUAUCAAAAUAUAUGGCGCAAGUUUGGCGAUGAGCUUCCAGAAUAACACUGAGAGCGCGCUGCGAGAAAUUGAGGAUGUGAUAGCUUUACAGGAGUCAUAGGGAUUAGGUAGUUGUAAUAUUCCUUGAGCUUUCUCUAUCUACCUACCGAAUAUCUCUUUACCUACCUAA